GGUUACGUAAUACCUUCGAAGCGUAAUACGGAGAAUAGAAGAUACGUGCCGGCGACGCUGUGACAGAGAGUUAUAUAAAAGUGGAAUCUGAACAUUUGGGAUUACUAUGGCUACGUGAGUAUAGUAGUGCCGGAGGUUCUUUCGUUGUGUUUUACCUCAUUUAGUUUACCAAUUAAGGAAGAGAUGAUUACCCUUCAGGUCCCAACACAGUACGGCUACUGCGUUCUCGUUGCAGUGGGCUCAAUCUUUGUAGUUUUGUGGAAGGCGAUCAAGGUUGGGGCUGCACGAAAGAAGUACAACAUACCAUAUCCAACAAUGUAUAGCAAAGACAAUGAUCAGUUCAACUGCAUUCAGAGAGCACACCAAAAUACGCUGGAGAAUUACCCACAGUUCUUAACUCUAUUAUUGCUGGGUGGUCUUGAACACCCUGUCAUAUCUGCUGCUGCAGGCUGUGUGUGGCUGGCCGGCCGCAUUGCUUAUGCAAAGGGCUAUUACACUGGCAAUCCAGCAAAAAGAAUGCAAGGUGGUUUUGCAUACUUGGGACUUCUGGCAUUGCUUGGAACAUCAGUAAAGUUUUCUAUGCGUCUUUUGGGAGUAAUCUAAUGAUAUUGCACAAGUUGGUAACACUUGUCAAUAGAGUACAUAGACUGCAUCAUAAAGUAUUUUGCCAUUAUUAAUUUUUUGUGCUGAAUGUUUGUGUAAUUACAAUUUAUAUUUUGUUAAUAAACAUAUAUAAUUAACCA